AUGUCAGUCAUUGUAUUCGCCGUCCUGCUGGCCGUUGCUACCGCUCAGCCAUGCCCUGGUUGUGGACCGUCGUUCUUCGCACCACCGCCCUGCUUCAAUCCACCAUGUGCCCCACCACCUCCACCAUGCUUCAGUCCACCAUGUGCCCCACCACCUCCGCCACCGAUGUUCUUCAUGCCACCUCCACCAGCGCCAUGCUAUGGUGUAGCGUGUGCACCUCCACCACCACCGCCACCACAGAUCUUCUACGCUCAACCUCCACCGCCUCCAUGUGUCGGUAUGGCAUGUGCACCACCGCCACCACCUCCACCACAGGUCAUCUUUGCGGCUGCACCACCUCCACCACCACCGAGAAUCAUGUUCCAAGCUCCCCCUCCGUGCUCAGCUCCUCCUUGUGCACCACCGGCCUUCUUUAACCCACCAUGCUCGGGUUUCGGUUGCGGUAUGGCCCCACCACCCCCACCUCCACUCUUCGGUUCGGUUCCUUGCUGCUCUAUGAUGGAUUUCUCGUGCUGUCGACGACUGUUCCGUAAGAGACAGAUCGAACAGCCUGAGAAGGUACCAGAAGAAGCUGAAGAGACUACAGAAACCGAGGAGAAGAAAAGAAGCUAG